AUAGCUUCUCCCAGGAUAGCAUAUGGGGAUAUACUAAGCUAUUCACACAGCGAAACACAUAAAACGGAGAGUUCUAGACCGAGUGAGUCACUUCGCCAAUACAGACAACGAGCACCAAGCGACUGAAAAUCGAAACUUCUGUGACGCCUUGACAUCAAGAACAGUAUUAACUCGGCUGCGUUAACGUUUUAUUUCAAUCAAGUAGUAAGUGUAUGUAAGGAGGCGCGAGGGCUUUUAAGAAAAGAGCGGGAACUUUCACAAGAACUACAAACCGUGAGACGCGCGGAGUGAAUCUCGAAGUUCAGGAUUGCUUGCUUCUAGAAGUGUAAGAAAUCAGCAGCAAACAAAAUACCAAAGGUUUCAAGACCGACCCGAUUAUUUCCACCACAAUAACAUUCGUCCAUUAUCUGGAAAAGUAAGCCAUUUAAAAGAAAGUGUCGCUAUUUAUUUCUGCCACCGAGUUUACUGGUGGAAUAUUGAAAUGGCGUACCAGUUUAGUAGCACUACGAGACUUCGGCACAUCGAUUAUCCAGAAAAUCAGAGCAGUAAUGUACAGUGGGAACAAGUUAAUACAACAAGCACUCCAGGGAUAAAAAGUCCGCCGUUUGGAUGCGAAGGGAGCGAGGAAGGGAAAGAUAAAAUUUCAAUAGCGCAACAGAUCGAAAAGGGGAACCGCGGAUCACGGAAGGAAAAACCUGUAUUGCCCGCUUUUAGGAGCAACGAUUCGCUGAACAAUACUAAGAACAUCACUACGCAGGCGGUGUAUUCAGCGAGUUAUAAUCAGUCACGAGGAUUUAACAGUGGACCUGCUGGUGUGUCGAUUGAACUCGAUGUUUUAGAGUCAUUUUCUGAGUUUGCUGCGUACUUAGAAUUACAAAAUCCUAUUUGUCCUGCGGAGUUGCUAGACACACCGGAAAAACUUAUGAACAUUUUAGCGUGGGAUGUUUGUGUUUGAGGAAAUACUACGUAAAACUAGAUAUAACACGAUCAUAAUGUAACAGUGGCGAUUAUCAAGACUCAUACAUAUGAACACUUAAAAAUACAAGCUAAAAGGGGAGUUACAGAUCAUAUAUACAAGCGUGGUUUGGGGGUUAUCUAGGUGACAAAAAUUAAUACAAAAUAUAUUUUUCUAGGGGAUAUUUAAUAUUGUAGGCGGUUUUACAAAACAUGCCCUCGAACGCGUGGUAAUGACAUUGCAGAGUUAGAGAUACGAAAAGAAAAGAAAAAAAAACUCAAAGCAUAUUAAAUAUUAACAUUGCCUUGUGCUAACUUUAAAUAUGCUAAUAUUUUUUCCAUGUAGUUUUUACCGUGUAACUAGAAAUGAUUUUAAAAUAAACACAAUAAUGGUUGAAUGAAUAAAUUCAUAUGAGUA